AUGAAUUUUGAUGAUUUUGUUAAUGUUAUAUAUGGAAAAGAUGUAUUUGAUGAUGAAAACUGCCAUUAUGUUAAAGAAAACAUCUUCCCAUAUUUAUUGCCUUUAGUUACAUUAGUAAAUAAUGAAAAAGAGAAACAUAAAUACUUUAAUGUAUUCUAUGAUUAUAAUGAAAGAGAACGGCCUUUAAUCAGAGUACACAACAAAAAGAGUGAGGAAAAUGUUGAACAAGUAGAUAUUUUCAGCACUGAUAAAUUAAAAGCCAGUUCUACAGAAUUACUUGAAAUCCAGCAAGAAGUUCUAAAAAAAUACGUAAACAUCAACCCUAUUUUGGCGCUUAGUGAAUAUCUUAUAGAAGAAUACAAUAAAAAGAAUGAAGACAAGAAAACAAGCGAAUAA